CGAUGACACGAGUUGCCCGUUGGUAAAAGUUUCGAACUUUCCGACAGACCUCGAAGGCAGCGCUCGGUAGCUAGCCGGGCUAGCUUAGCAUUCGGCUAGCAGCGCUAAACGGCGAUGCACGGCCGUCGCCGCUAUUCGCUUCGCUAACCUCCCGUCACCUUAUCGGCUCUUGCCCCCGGGGCGGCGAACCCAGGCUCGCCUGGCAUGGACGUCCGCGAGUCCGUCGUGUCGGCGGGCCGAGCCGUGCUGGACAUGGCGCAGCGGGAGUGGCAGCCCCUGUCGCCGGGCGAGCUGGAGCAGCGGCUGGACCAGGCGGUCGAGGAGGUCCUGGAGGCCGAGCUGAUGGCCCGACUCAACGCCGAGCCCCCGCCGCCGCAGAGUCCGGUGGGCGCGGAGCCCCGAGCUCCACAAAGGUGCAGCAGUCCCCCGGGGCAAGAGACACCGGAGCCCGGAGCACCGUGGGAGACCGAUGCCGGUGCGGCAGUCAAGCACAUCACUGACCUGCUUCAAAGCUCCGGAUCCAGGGCCCGAUUGGCCGGUCGUGCCCGCUUGUCCCUGUCCCACACUGUCCAGCUGUCCCUCACCCUGCUGUCUGAGCGUGUCAGCUACCGCUCUAUGUCCCGCCGCUUCAACCUGGAGAAAGGAAACAUCCACAGGAUCUUCUUCUCCUUCUGCGAGCGCCUCAACACGCUGCAGGAGAAGCUCAUCCGGUGGCCAGUCGGCAGGGAGGCUGCAGAAUCCCUUUUCCCACUUUGCAGUCCCGAGAUGGAGCAGCAGCAGCAGCAGCAGGAGGAGCAGCGAGGUGUCCCCCUGGUCCUGGGAGUGUUGGGACGCACCCGCAUCCCCAUCCGCCUGCCAAUAGGGAAACACGACAUGGAGAGCACAGUGCCUGAGGUGAAGAGGAUGAAGAAGGAGGCCCACCCCGACUCCUGGCUCAACCUGCAGCUGGCGUGCGACCGCCACGGCCGCUUCCUGCACUGCAGCAUCAGCAAAGGGUCGGACGCGGACGCAGGCGGCGCUCUGAGGGACAAACUCGAGCGGCGUCCCGAACUGAUGCCCCCCGGCUCCUGCCUCGUGGCCAGACGAGGACACCCGCUCAGCGCUCAGGUCCUGACUCCGUACUCGGGGAGUCUCGGGCCCAGAGAGGAGCUCUUCAACAAGACGCUGGAGGAGCAUUUUCACAUCCUGGAUCAGGCAGUCGCCAACCUGAAGGCCCGAUUCAAAAGGCUCCGGUAUCUGGACAUCGCAAACUACGAGCGAGCGAGAGCUGUUGUGUUGACCGCCUGUGUGUUGCACAAUGUGUUUUUGGACAUUGGACAGGUGGUUCGAGGGGACGUCGGGGAGGAGGAAGCCAUGAGCCCAGAGGGGGAGUCGGAGAUGGAUGACGACGGGGUGCAAAGACGUGACAGCGUCUCAGAGUUGUUGUUUCAAAUGUUUGAUUCUGGAAGCGUGUGACGUGACGGCGUCGAGUGGGUGUUAGAAAAAACGUUUCCUAGAAACCGGCGUAAAAUCAUUAAACAUUAAAUGUGUUAAAUUCUUGCAAGAAUGGACACAUGCAAUUCAUGCAUUAAGGCCAAUCAAAGGUUUUCUUUGCCAUACAUCUGAUCAACAUGGGACAUCGAGUGGUCAUCUGGCCCCCCGACAUAACACACAGAUUUCAUUGUAGUCUUGUUUUAUCUAAAGCCCAUUCCGAUAAUGAGAUGACAUUAGUGCGGUUUUUCCAACAGCGAGAAACCACUCUUUGAUUAAAGGAUUUAUCUUCGCAGAA